AAGCAAUCGGGAGAAAAAUUUAGGAUAGAAAACUUAAAUUUUUAUUUUUGAAAUAAUCAAAGCAUUCCCGAACUUUUUGAAAUCGUUUUCAAUAAUUGCAUUCAUGAGCCAUUCCGAUACUUGGAUAUAAUAUUACAAAUUACAAAAUGGGGUCGUGCAGGGAAUAUAUUAAAAACGUGUUUCCCUCUAUUGAUGAAGAUUUUCGGCAAUAUGUUGAAAGCGUUCUGGAAACUAGUGCUGAUGAAUUUGAGGAUGGCGAAGAAGUUUACGAUGCGAUUGGAGCUGUUUUACAUGAAGUUUCAGCUGAUAAGACAGAGGAGGAUAUCAAAAAUAUUUGUGAAGAACUUCUAAACUUGUUGAGACCUGAAAAAAGUACUAGUAAAACCAAUGGAAAUUUACGUAUUCUUGAUGGUCCAAUUCAUUUGGGCUCCAUGGCAGAAAAUCAAGAAAAUAAUGUAGAAGAAAUUAAAAGCAUCUGGGUGGCCCAGAGAGACGACACUUUGAAAGUUAAUGCUAAAAAAUUAGAAAAAGCUCAAGCUAAGUUGCAAGAAAAACAAGAAAAAAGGGGCAAAGAAAUUAAGAUGAUUGUACCGCCAAAAUUACAAACAGCAAGUGCUUCACAAGUUAUUAAUAAAAAAGACAGUAAACUCGAAGCCAAAGGAAGUAACCGGGCACAAGAUAUUCGGAUAGAAAACUUUGAUAUUGCUUAUGGAGAUAAAGUGCUUCUACAAGGAGCCGAUAUUACAUUAGCUUUUGGAAGACGAUAUGGUCUUGUAGGUAGAAAUGGCUUAGGAAAGAGUACUUUACUAAACAUGAUAUCCUCCGGAAAUUUAAAAAUUCCUUCUCAUAUAUCCAUACUUCAUGUAGAACAAGAAGUAAUUGGAGACGAAACUUUAGCAUUAGACAGCGUUCUUGAAUGUGAUACAGUGAGGCAAAGUCUGUUGGAAAAGGAAAAACAAAUAGGCGCAGCUAUAAAUUCAGGUUCCAACGAUCCGGACCUUAAUACCCAACUUUCAGAAGUUUAUAUACAAUUACAGAAUAUUGAAGCAGAUAAAGCUCCAGCAAAAGCAUCUAUAAUCCUCGCUGGUUUGGGAUUCACAUCCCAAAUGCAACAGAAUCCUACCAAAACGUUUUCUGGUGGAUGGAGAAUGAGAUUGGCGUUGGCUAGAGCUUUGUUCUCAAGGCCUGAUCUGUUACUACUUGAUGAACCCACAAACAUGUUGGACAUUAAAGCCAUCAUUUGGCUGGAAACCUACCUGCAAAAUUGGCCCACCACUCUUUUGGUAGUAUCCCAUGACCGAAACUUUUUGGAUACUGUUCCGACAGACAUUUUAUAUUUACAUUCCCAAAGGAUAGAACCUUAUAGAGGUAACUACGAACAAUUCGAAAAAACUAAAACAGAAAAACUAAAAAAUCAACAAAGAGAGUAUGACGCUCAGCUACAGCAGAGACAACACGUGCAAGAAUUUAUUGAUAGGUUUAGAUAUAACGCUAAUAGGGCAGCACUGGUACAAUCAAAGAUAAAAAUGUUGGAAAAAAUGCCCGAACUUAAACCACUUGUUAAAGAAACUGAAGUAGUCCUAAGGUUACCCGAAACAGAAGCCCUUUCACCUCCAAUUUUACAAAUAAAUGAAGUUAUGUUCUAUUACAACAAAGACAAAGUGAUAUUUUCGAAUGUGAAUCUUGGAGCUACUAUGGAGUCUAGGAUAUGUAUUGUUGGUGAUAAUGGUGCUGGUAAAACAACUCUUUUAAAAAUAAUAAUGGGUAUUCUAAGUCCCACUUCAGGAAGUAGGCACGUGCACAGAAACUUGAAAUUUGGAUAUUUUAGUCAACAUCAUGUGGACCAGUUAGAUAUGAAUGUAAAUUCCGUGGAAUUACUUCAACAGCAGUUUCCAGGUAAACCAAUAGAGGAAUACCGAAGACAAUUGGGUAGCUUUGGAGUUUCUGGCGAUUUAGCCCUUCAAACAGUAUCCAGUCUUUCUGGAGGUCAAAAAUCUAGAGUGGCAUUUGCAAGUAUGUGCAUGGGCAGGCCUAAUUUCCUAGUCCUUGAUGAACCCACCAAUCAUUUGGAUAUUGAAACUAUUGAGGCUUUAGGAAAGGCUAUCAAAAAAUAUACUGGAGGUGUUAUUCUCGUAUCUCACGACGAAAGGCUAAUCAGGAUGGUGACAAAUGAGUUGUGGCAUUGCGGUAAUUCUACAGUGAAAAGUAUAGAAGGUGGAUUUGAUGAAUAUAGAAAGAUUGUAGAACAAGAACUUGAGGCUGCCAAUGCUAAAUAAAUUAUUCAAUUUAGAUGUAAGGCAAAAUAAAUAUAUGUUUAAUAUGAGUAUUUAUUGAAAUUUCUAGUAUUAUUGCAAUAAAUGUUUAACAA